CCCUUCGUCUUCCCUCCACCUCCCGGCUCUCCCCCGAAAUCCUCCCUCUCUCGCAGCGCCGCACCGCCAUGAAUCUAGUACGCCCUAGUGUCCACAUGCUUAUUCAUCCGCCUAUAAGAGCACCCCCCGCUUCCGCACACCCGUGGUUGUUAGUUGCACGCGCCCACCCAAAGCUCUGCGCGCUCGCUCUUGAAGCAAGAACUCGAGGCCGGGCGCACGAGGUGGGGAUUGAGGGCCAUUCCCUUGCUACAUUCCAAGGGAAUACCGCCCUGUAGCAAUAGGUUGCUCUUGGAGAAUCCAAGAACCGGGUAUCUGAAAGAAUCGAGGCAUGGAACAGUCAGGAAGUCCUCAAAAGGACCCGUGCAACUCCUCUGAAGGCCACACCAGUGGCACUGACAAGCUGCCAAGCCUCUCUGGGGUCUCUGCUCAUGAGAAAGGCCGUUUGGGUUUGGACCCCUACGGUGUGGAUGCCGGCACCGUGUUCCCUAGUGCCCUUAGUUACCCAGAAGAGUGGCCGAUGCCACCUCCUCUUGAGACGCAGAAGCAGCAGCAGCAGCUGGAUCAGCUGCCGCCCAUGGCUGUGAGCAAGGGGGACCCUUGUGCCAAGCUUUACCGAGAAGGCUGUUCCUCAUCAAGGUGCCAAGGCCUGUCGGAAGGAGAAGAUGAUGAUAUGCCCCCUGUGGUCCAGAGCGUGGUGCAGGCGUUCCUUGGCAAGCCGAAUGAAUAUGACCGCCAAUUCCCUCCAAAAGAGCAGCUGGAAUAUUGUGAAAAGAGGAAGAAGGCGAGGAAAAAGGCCCACCUGCCUCACUUCAGGGAAAUCAAGAAUUCGAGGUAUGGGUUUCCUAAGCUUGGCCGCCCCACACCCAAGGGGUCAGACAAUCUGUGGGUUGGAAUAAAUGGUUUUGGGCGGAUCGGCAAACUCUUGGCGAGAUUGGUAAUGCUGCGGCAACACAGGAAGCAGUUGAAGAUCGUCGCCGUCAAUGAUCCCACUGUUAACGACAACGAAAUGGUUAUCCAGACAGCUCCCAGCAAGCAGUUGGAGAUUGUCGCCAUCAAUGACCCCACUGUUAGCUCCGAAGAAAUGAAGAACUAUAUGGUUGAGAUCCCUCCAGAUGACUUUCCUGACAUUAAAGUCUUCCAUUUCAAGAACCCUGAGGACAUCCCCUGGGGCAGACUUGAAGUUGACUAUGUAAUUGAGUCCACCGACAGUGAUGCUGCCGCUGCCCACUUGAAGAGUGGUGCUAAGAAGGUUAUCAUAUGUGCUUUGACCAAGGAUGCUCCAGUAUUUAUUUGUGGCGCCAAUCAGGAGAAGUACACAACAGACAUUGCAGCUGUUUCGAUUGCUGAUUGUGCCACAACCUGUAUUGCUCCACUUGCUAAGAUAAUCCAUGACAUUUUUGGUAUUGCUGAGGGUUUUCUGACCAUUCGUGAACCCUGCCCUGUUAACCUAGAGAAUGCUGAUGGACCUUCUUGCAGUGAAUGGAGGGAGGGUGCCACGGCACUUGGCUCUGUGCUUCCUGAUUUAGCUGGCAAAUUCAGUGGCAAGGUCUGGCACGUUCCUGAUUUGGAAUUAUCAUCUGUGGAAAUGGUCAUUAAGCUUGUUGAUGAGUCAGCUGACUAUGAAAGAGUCAAGAAUGCUGUCAGGGAUGAAGUGUGCAAACGCCAACUUUUAGAUAUUGUGGCUUACAUGGAAGGGGUAACAGCGCUAAGAGGUUAUGAACACGAUUUCAGAUCUUGCUUAUUUGAUGUGGACGCUGGACACACUUUGGAUGACAAUAGAAUCAGUAUCAUUGCACGAUUCAACAACGACUACGGCUAUAGCAUGCGUUGCAUUGAUCUGAUCCUACACAUGGCCACGGUUGAUGAGUAGAAGUUCUGCUCCUUGGUGCUCGUUUACCCUUCUCUGGAGCCAUUGAUUUGAAUUCCAGCUGCUCCUGGAGACCCGUGUGUGUACCUGGGAAACUAGAAAUACGGCAAAGAUACGUUUUGUAAGGAACACGUACGAUUGUGCAAGGAUUUGCGUCGAUCUUCAAAAUGUAUAAAUACAAAAUUCUCGUGCCGGUAGACUCGUGGUCAGAUUUGCGCGUUAAUGAUUUGUUUCACUGGAUUCCUGUAAAUGGUUCAAUCCGUGCUAAUGAAUAAAACUGUGUAGAUCUUUUGUAGUGAUCCCAA